CUGCUGUAUUUUUCUCCCUAACCCAUUGUUAGAGAGAGUGCGACACCAAACACAGGAAGGGAGACCAUCUCAACCUCAGGCUUCCAAGGAUUUCUUCCCCUCUUCUUUUCUUUUCUCUCUCUCUCCGGGGUCUAUUAUUUCUUCGUCGUGUUCUCUGUAUCUCGCAGAUCCGCGAUCCGGUUCCAUUUCGCGGCCAAGUUGGAUUCUAGCAGUGAAGGUGCUCAAACAAGUUUCACAGACUCACUCUUCUGUUUAAGAGUGAAGUUAUUGUGGAAAAUCUUCUGAGAUGAAGAAAGUCUUUGAUCAAACUGUAAGAGACAUUAAAAGAGAGGUUAACAAGAAAGUUCUCAAAGUUCCCGGCAUUGAACAGAAGGUUCUGGAUGCGACAAGCAACGAGCCAUGGGGUCCGCAUGGAUCACUUCUUGCGGAUAUUGCGCAAGCCUCAAGAAAUUACCAUGAGUACCAGAUGAUCAUGGGGGUCAUUUGGAAACGUCUUAGUGACACCGGGAAAAAUUGGCGGCAUGUUUAUAAGGCUUUGACAGUCUUGGAGUACAUGGUAGGCCAUGGGUCAGAACGUGUCAUUGAUGAGAUCCGAGAACGAGCAUAUCAAAUAUCGACCUUGGCCGAUUUUCAAUAUAUUGAUUCCAGUGGUAGGGAUCAAGGUAGCAACGUCAGGAAGAAGUCGCAGAGCCUUGUGGCCUUAGUGAAUGAUAAAGAAAGAAUAGCGGAGGUCAGGGAGAAGGCAGCUGCUAACAAAGACAAGUAUCGCGGCUCAGCGACAGAUGGAAUGUAUAGGCCUUCGGGAGGAUAUGGUGACAAAUAUGACUAUGAAAGCCGCUAUGGGGGCAGGGAUGAAGAGCGUAGUAGUUAUGGAAGAGAAAGAGAAUAUGGCUAUAGGGAUGAUGAUAGAUAUAGUCGUGAUGGAGAUCGCUACUCCAGAGAUUCUGAAAGUCAGUAUGGAAAAGAUGGAUACAGGGAUGAUGAUUACCGUGGAAGGAGCAGAAGUGUCGAUUACCAAUAUGGGUCAAGAAGUAGGAGUUCUGACAGAGAUCGGGCUGGUGAGGAUGAUGGCCAAUCUUCAUCGCGGGGCAGUGGUGCCAGAGCUGAUGAUCAUUCUCAGGAUGGGAUUGGGAGGCGACUUGAGAGGAAGUUUUCUGAACAAAAUAUCGGUGCCCCGCCUAGUUAUGAAGAAGCUGUUAGCGAAUCUCGGAGCCCUGUGCACAGUGAAAGGGAUGGAGGAGAGGCUCCACAGGUGGCUGUGCCUGGUGCUGCUUCAGGUGCUGCGCCAGGAGCUGCUUCUCCUUAUGAUGGAAACAAUGCCGACAAAGCAGCUACUGGUUUUGGUGAUGAAUCAUCUCCUCAAACUCGAGAAGUUGAAGCUUUUGAUGAAUUUGAUCCACGUGGUCCAGUUUCAGCUGCGCCUCCAGCAUCUGUACCUGUAGAUGCUGCUCCAGCCCCAGCAUCUGACCUGCCUGCCUCAAACACUGUUGAGAUGGACUUGCUUGGCUCUCUUUCGGAUGUAUUUGCACCAAACCCGUUGGCAAUAGUACCUGUUGAUUCUGCUUCAGUUGAAACCAAUGGACACACAAACUCUGGUCCUGCGCCAUCAUUUGCUACAUCUCAGCCAUCAACUCAGCCAUUUGAUGAUCCAUUUGGCGACUCUCCAUUUAAAGCCAUCCCUUCUGCCAACACUGACCCGAGCUCGCAACAGAGUUUUGCAGCUCCUUCCCAGCCAACACAACCAACCCACACCACGGAGAUCUCGCAGCUGGCUGCCCCAAGACCUGACAGUAGUGAUAACUUUGGCUUUGGGGACUCAUUCUCUGCUGUUCCCAAUCAUAAUCCCGGUGUUCCAAACAUGCAACCUCUACCGAACUCACAAGCUUUCUCUCAAGAGCCGUUAACUUCAGAAAGUGAACUUGAUAUUCUCGCAGGCAUUCUCCCACCCUCUGGACCUUCAGCUUCUCUACCUUCACAACCAGGUGCCCCUAUACCAACAUCUGAAUUUGUUCCCAACAAUGGUAACGUGUACCAGAACUUUCAUCCUCAGCCGGUGACUACAGCUUCGAGCAUGCCUGCAAAGAUUCCUUUUGGUCAAACUGCGCAACCAUAUAACGUGGUUUCUCAGUCACAGAAUCUGACAGGAGGUAUGCCAUAUAACUUGGGAGGUUUUAUGCAUCAGCAAGGCACUGCUGGUCCUGCAAGUAUCGAAAUUCCACAAUAUGCUCCACAACCUACGAGCGGAACCUACCUCCCGCAACCAGUUUCUGCUCCUCCAUCGAGCUUUCAAAAUCCGUACCGUACACUUAGCGCACCUGCUGGUCAGCUUGGUGGUGGAAACUUCAUGAUGCAACAGGGUCCUGGUCCUGGCACCACUUCCUCUGGUCCUGUUGCGCAGCAUGGCAACAAUGGCUUCGGUGACAUCUUCACAUCGACUGGACCAAGCUCGUUGGGGACAUCAUCAUCUCAACCAACCUUCACACCUUCAACCGGACCGCUUGAUAUCGUUCCUCAGCCACAGCCUCAGAAGAAGUUCGAGCCCAAAUCAGGAAUCUGGGCAGACACCUUGAGCAGGGGGCUCGUGAACUUGAACAUAUCUGGACCUAAAACAAACCCGUUGGCGGACAUUGGAGUUGACUUCGAUGCAAUCAACAGGAAAGAGAAACGGAUGGAGAAACAGCCAACCACUCAAGUAAUAUCUACAAUCACGAUGGGUAAAGCCAUGGGAUCAGGCUCAGGCAUGGGGCGUGCAGGUGCAAGCGGCAUGAGGCCUCCACCGACUCCAAUGGUUGGCACCAACAUGGCAAUGGGAGGCAUGAGCCAGCAACCCAUGGGGAUGGGGAUGGGGAUGGGCAUGAAUAUGGGAGGGUACGGACAAGGCUACCCAAUGCAGCCACAACCCGGGAUGGGCCCUGGUCCUGGCAUGCCUGGCGUCUACAAUCCCAUGAUGGGUCCAGGCAAUUACAAUCCUCAGCAGCCAUAUGGUGGAUACCGGUGAGAAUCAAGCGAAUGACCAUAUGAUCCAUUAGUAGAUACACGGAGCUUCCUCUUUCGAGAUCAUCUGAGGAUUCUAAGAUUGGUAAAAGCUGACCACGCCGCCCUGCUGCUAUAUGCGCCUGUAAUUAUCUUGGGUCAGAUCAGAGGUAGUUUCCGAUAUUCACCGUUCUGUUUUGAGAGCUCGUAGGUUGUGCUUGCUCUGUUUGAUCUGCCUUUUGAUUUCAUUUUCUGCUUGUUGGACUGAUGGAGCUUUUUUAUUUGUUUGUGAGAUUUGUAUCGCUGAGGCAAACCUUUCUCUGGUGUGCCCUUCUCUUACAUGCAUAUGCCAUAUAUAGAAUCUAUAUAUAACACAACACAUUUUUGUUGUCC